CCCUAUUUAUAUCCCUCUAAUUCUCUCCCAGUUUUCUACACCCAACUCAACUACCUUUUAUUCACAUUCUCUCUAGCUCUCUGUUUCUCAACUCAAGGCUCACUCUCCAAAGAACAUGGCUUAUUUUGGGAUUUGCUUUGUUGGUUUGUUAGCAAUGGUGUCAUCAGUUUAUGGUUAUGGUGGUGGAGGUUGGAUUAAUGCUCAUGCUACUUUUUAUGGUGGUGGUGAUGCCUCUGGCACAAUGGGUGGGGCAUGUGGAUAUGGGAAUUUGUAUAGUCAAGGGUAUGGUACAAAUACUGCAGCAUUAAGUACAGCUAUGUUCAACAAUGGGUUGAGCUGUGGUUCUUGUUUUGAGAUAAGGUGUGUGAAUGAUAGAAAAGGGUGUUUGCCUGGUUCAAUUGUGGUCACUGCUACCAAUUUUUGCCCACCAAAUAAUGCAUUGCCUAACAAUGCAGGGGGUUGGUGUAAUCCUCCCCUUCACCAUUUUGACCUCUCUCAGCCUAUUUUCCAACACAUUGCUCAGUACAAAGCUGGAAUUGUCCCUGUUGCUUACAGAAGGGUACCCUGCAGAAGAAGGGGUGGUAUCAGGUUCACAAUCAAUGGACACUCAUAUUUCAACCUUGUACUUGUAACAAAUGUUGGUGGUGGUGGUGAUGUUCAUGCUGUAGCUGUAAAAGGAUCAAGAACUGGUUGGCAACCAAUGUCAAGAAACUGGGGACAAAACUGGCAAAACAACAACUAUCUUAAUGGCCAAGCCCUCUCAUUUAAGGUUACUACAGGUGAUGGCCGCAGUUUGAUUUCCUACAAUGUUGCACCUGCUCAUUGGUCUUUUGGACAGACUUAUACUGGAGCUCAAUUCCACUGAAAAAAAUUUGGCUGCUCAAGAAUUUAAUAUUUUAGCUAAAUGGGGUUUUAAGUUUGAAGUAUAUUAGUAGUAUACUAGUAUUAAUAUUAUGUAUACUAAUUUGGUCACUAGUACUAGUAUUGUGACUGUUAGUAUAGAAUGGGUGUACUCAAAUAGAGUAUAUAGGAGGACUAUGUCUAUUUUGGAGGUUUUAGUGUGGUCUCUAGGGUAAAAAAUGAAAAGGGCAUAUUUUAAAAUUGUCCUUUUUUUCAUUUUUAGCCUACUUUUGUGACCCUAAUUCUUGAGGCCACUCUUUUUAGGGGUUCUUUUGUUUUGGGGUUUAUUUUGUAAUUUUUCCUUCUGUGGAGGGCAGAAGAGGAAAGCAGUGGUGGAAUUUUAUCACCCGCAGUUGGUUUAGGGUUAUCUUUUUAGUAAAGUAGGACAAGUUUGGCAACUUUAUUUUUUGGUUGCUUCAGCCUAUAGCUGGAGAUGGUUUGUGUGAGACUAAAGUGUAAAAAUACAUUUAACUAUUAGUAAUGAUUUAAGAAGAUGAUGCUUAUGUAUUGAACUUUUA